AUGCGGAAUGCCGUCGCUUGCUUGCCGCGGUACUGUCAGUUCGCCUUCGUAGCGGAGACAGCUACGAACCGCUGGGAAAGGGUUGAAGACGGUUGCCCCUAUCUUGGGACGGAGAGCGAUGUACAGACGCACGAGGAGGGAUGCGAGUUCCGCCCAGUGCGCUGCCCUCACUUUGAGCUCGAGAUGGUGGAGCGCGACGUACCGGAACGUUCACCGAGCGGAGUGCCGGCAGAACUGUUCCUUCUGUGGAGAGAUGAUCCUUUAUGA